AUGCCGCCCGCGCGCCGCCGCCCCCGCCGUGGCGCGACCCCCGCCGGCGGCGGCGACAACUCCGUCCCUUCCUCCGCCGCCGACCUCCUCUCGCUUGCCGCCACGCUCAUCCCGGCCGCCGCCACCGCCGCACUCAAAGCCCCGCCCCAACUCAAGCAGCUCGUGCACUCCCUCCCCGUCUCCCACCCGCUCCUCCUCUCCCUCCCGCAGGCACUCGCCCUAGCCCUCGCUCCCCCCUCCGACCCCGACGCCGGCUCCACUUCCGACGCGCCCCCGCCCCCACCCCCUCCUCCGCGCCCCGCCGCCGUCCUCCUCCACCUGCUCGUCACACACCCCACCCACCCGCCACGAUGGGACGACCUCAUCUGCCCGCUCGCGCUGCUCCACGCCCGCCUCGCGCUCCUCGCCAACGCCGACCCGCCGGUCGCGGCCCUCGCCGCCUCCUGCUUCGAGCUCGCCUGGCGCGCCGACGCGCCGGGACGCGAAGCCCUCGUCGCGCAGACGCUGCCCUACCUCGUCGCCCUGGCGCUCACCUCCGGCUCCAGCGCCAGGCCGGUCCUCCGCCGCCUCUUCGCGUUCCGCGACGCGCUGCCGCUGCUCGACUACGACGACGACCAGAGCAUCUCCGACUUCAAGAUGCUCCUGCUGCGCUGCUUCGCCUCGCCGCUCUUUCUCAAGGCCGAGGAAGGGAGGAAGUUCCUCGCGCUCGUGCUCGGGGUCAGCGAAGGGAUCGCCAGGGAGGGGCUGGAGCUCAUCAGGGCGCAGGUGGGGUUGACGGGGGGCAAGCGCGCCGCGGUGGUAGCCUACGGGGAGGUCAUCUUCAGGGCGUGGAAGGACGGUGGCUGGGUCCGUGGGGAGGUCGGCGAGGCGUUCCUGCAAGGGAUGGUGGAGGGCGCCGUACACGCCGGGAGCAAGGAGGUGGCCAAGGCGGCCAGGAAGAUCCUGUCGCCUUUCGUCGAGCAGAGAGCGGUUGCUGGGGUUGAAAAGUUGGUGUUCCGGCUUGCCGAACCUGUGCUGUUCCGUUCGUUGCAGGUCGCAAACUCCAAUGUGCGCCAUAAUGCUUUGCAUCUUCUAUUAGAUUUGUUUCCCCUUGAAGAUCCAGAUGUGACAAAGGAUGUUAAUGAUCCUCUUCUAGAGAGGCAGUUCUUCUUGAUAGACAAGCUCCUCAUGGAUGAAUACCCAGAAAUAAGAGCAGUUGCAGUUGAAGGAAUCUGUCGUAUUCUUAACCAAUAUUGGGAAGUUGUCCCUGCCCCCACUAUUUCAAAAUUUCUGAGUAAAAUUGUUGACGACAUGUCCAAGGAUUCUUGCAAUGAGGUUCGGCUAUCAACACUUAAUGGUCUCAUAUACUUGCUUGACAAUCCACAAAGUCAUGACAUACUGAAAGUUCUACUUCCAAGAUUAAGCGAUAUGAUCUCAGAUACUGCUAUGUCUAUCAGAGCUGCUGCUGUUGAUCUUCUUUUAGCUAUUCGUGAUCUUCGAUCAUUCCAAUACAAUAAGGUUGUUGGUCUGGGUACUUUAUUGUCUUCACUUGCAAAUGAUCAUCCCCGCAUUGCUCAAAAAAUUACAAAGCUCCUCGUUCCUUCUUAUUUUCCAUCAAAGUUGAGCCCAAAAGAAGCAUGUGCUCGCUGCAUUGCACUAAUCAAGAGGUCACCAACAGCUGGGGCAAGAUUUUGUGAAUUUGCUCUGUCUGAAGGGUCAUCCCCAAGGUCUAUUGUUGAUCUAGUCAAAUAUUCAAUUACUCUCGCAUUAUCACAAUCAGGAUGUAACUCAGAUCAAAUUGAUGGCCUUAUUAUUGCUUCAGUCAAUCUUAUAAAAAGCUUAUCCGACGAGCGCUCUAGUUUGGCUGCUUUGCGAGAAUUCUUUGCAAAUGCGAAGUUAAGGUUGGUCCUUCAAAUUGCUGUUUCUGAGGGUGCUCGGGCUGCCCUUCUUAGUAUAGCUCCAGUUGUUUUACCUGAUGAUCUAUCUGUGCUGCAUGAGGAAUGCAUGGAUAUAGUUGUGAAUGCUGCUAGGAUUUCAAAGCAAGAAGAAUAUCAGGAAACAGUGCUGGAAGCACAUAAGUUGAUAGUUUUGGGUGACUGGUCUGAUGAGUUGUUUGAAGCAUUGACUAAUACUCUGCAAUCUAAAGCCUCUGAUUUUGCUGAGAUCUAUGGAGUUGAACCUCCUCCAUGCCCUGUUGCAUCUUCAAGGAGGAAGAAAGGCAAGGCACUUAAGAAAAUACCGGUACGUGACAGUGUUGUUGGAAAGGGGUCAUCCAAAUCAAAAGUCAGUAAUGAAGAGCUUGCUGUUGCAGCGGGGGCAGCAUGGCAGAUCAAUGAAAUAGUAAAAUCUAAAGGCUUGAGAGAUGCCUUUCUUCAAUCUUCUUAUUCAGAGAUUGCAUUGUCUUCCCUGAAGGUCAUUUCUCAAGUGUACGUUGAGCAGUGCCUAUAUUUGGACUCUUUAGACCUUGCACCUGUAUUGGCCUAUUUGAGUCUGGCUACAUGUAAUGACCUUCCAGAUGUUAAUCAAACUGGAAGCUGCUUUGAGUCCUCAACUGCAAAUCAGUCACUGGACCAUCUGCUCAAUUGUUUCGACAAACUUCUAAAUGGAACUGUUAACAAUCCACCAUCAAAAUCGAACAAGAAUGGAAAAGCUUCACGAUCAAAAGACCAGCAGAAAGGAGAAUCUGAAGUGAAAGGCACGUUUAAUGCGAUUAUGCUGGGCGCUUCAAUUCUCAAGUUUAUCGUUGACACAACUAUGAAGCCAUUCAAUGAUGAUAAAAUAAGGUGCCUCAAAUUUGCAUCAUCCUACAUAAAAUAUGCAAUAUCAUCCAUCAAAAAGCAUCAGGAACAGAGUUCAUCUUUCAAGGGGGAUGAUCUGAAGGACGCUUUGUUGCUUGUACGGAGCUCCUUUACAUACGCAGCCAAGCUACUUCAUUUGGUCUUAUCAAGCUCACCUGAGGAGUCAAGCCCUCCAGAGGAAGCCUUCUUCCUUGCAAAUGAUCUUCUUGAUCUUGUGCCAGCUGUCGAGUCCUUUGCUGGCUCAAGAUUUGCACUCAGCAUAGUUUCUAUUCUGAAGCAAUGGCUGCCUCUUCUCUUGUUGGGUCUUGUAUGCCGGUGGCUAAUUGGACCACAUAAUGAAAUGGCACCCAACGUCUUCCACUUUGCUGACUCUGUCUUACCACUGUGGGUCACUGCCGUGGCAAAGAAUGAGAUUCUUGAUUCCAAAGAGCCUGGCCAGGACGAGCAAAGCAAUCCGGCUGCAGAGGGUGAGGACUCACCAUUAUGCAGAAAGCUAGCAGAAAUGAUGGCGAUCCUCCUGAAGAAAGGAAGCCCCAGAAUCCUUGAUUGCGUGAGCGGAGUCCUUCUGUCCACCUUCCAGUUGACGCUGCAAAGAUCAGAGUAUGACAUUGUCUUGGGCAUGACUCUUUUCGUUUGUGACAAGUUGCUAGGGAACAACUCCCUAGCAUUGGAAAAGCUGCAGCUUACUCGUGACUUUCUUCGUGAGAAUUUCCUUGAGAUUGAUAGGUAUGUCAGCGAUGAGCUUGUUGAUGAUGACGAUUCGAGGCAGCAACUGGAGACAGCAAAAGCGCUGAUAAGAUCGGUUCUCACCGAUGUCUGA